CCUCUUAACUUAGGCUCUCCGUGAGUAGACGCAACCAUGGGGAAGUUCAUGAAGUCGGGCCGUGUGGUCCUUGUCCUUUCAGGACGAUACGCUGGACGCAAGGCAGUAAUUGUCAAGAAUCACGAUGAUGGGAGCUCUGACCGUCCAUACAGCCAUGCCCUUGUGGCCGGCAUUGACCGUUACCCACGCAAGGUGACCAAGGACAUGAGCAAGAAGAAGAUCAAGAGGCGAUCCAGGAUCAAGACCUUCGUCAAGCUCUUCAACUACAACCAUCUCAUGCCAACCAGGUACUCCGUUGAUGUGAACAUUGACAAGCAAGUGGUCAACAAGGAAUCAUUCAAGGACCCUACCCUCAAGCGUAAAGCCAAGAGGGAAAUCAAGGGAAAGUUUGUCGAGAGGUACAAGACUGGCAAGAACAAGUGGUUCUUCCAGAAGCUGCGAUUCUGAAGAAACAAUGGACUCCCAACAUCCCCACUCAUGCUGUACAUUAUAUGGACUGCUCACAUAUUUCCACACAUUCGUCAAUAGGCCUGCGAUUAAAAAAUGAAAUCUGGCAAUGAUGCCAAACCCAA